AUGUUCCAGCGUAUCCGCGGUGCUAUCGAUGCUAGGAUAGCUGAAGAACAGGCCCGGCAGCGCGCCAGUCAGGAAACUCUGUCCCGUUCGAACUCAGCGGCCCGAAAGUCGAACAAUGCAUCCCCAUCUCAACGAACAAGCCGGAUAAAACAAGAUAGCUCCGGAAUUCCAUCCCGUGGACCAGACCCAGCUGAGUUUGAUGGCGAGGCGAUCACCGGAGACGAUGAGCCGAUGGCAGAGACCUCCUCGUCUAACCAAAGUUCUGAGAAGGGUGGAUUUGGGAACCCAGGGCAGCAGUCAGGGCAGCAGGCAAAGGGAGAUGCUAAGGAGGCAUCUACAGCCGGGUUGAAGGAUGGGUCCGUGAAUGAGUUACCCACCGAUAUCCGAGUGAGGCUGCGAAGGCUGGAUAAGCUAGAGGCCAGGUAUCAAGAACCGUUCGAAACUGCCCUCCGUGAAAAUACGCCUCUUACUUCUAUUACAGAUCCUCGUGCCUUAACUGAAUACCUGAAUCAGAUUUCAUUAAAGGGUGAUAUGGUGGUGGAAGAGUUGAAGCGGGUAUCGUCAGAGCGUGAUGAGUUCAAGGCUAAGGUAGAAGCUACAGAGAAAUCUGCAAAGGAUGCUUGGGAUGAGGUAUCUAAACUCAAGAGCAAAAACGAUUCCGCUGGAGGGAGCCAGGUGGAGGACAAGGAUGCUACACAGGCUUCGCCGAUUAGUCCACCGGGAGAGACUUCAGAAAAUCCGAAGAAAUCACCGACCCCUUCUGUGACUUCUAUGGCCACCGCUAUCCCUGGCUUAUCCAUAUUUUCUCCAAAAACGAAAGCUGUUUCUUCGCCGCCGCCAGUCGAGGAAACGGAGGAGUUCUUUUCCUUCGACAAUGAGAUACCACGGCUAGAGUCCGAGAUAAAAUCUCGUGAUAAAGAGAUUACUGCGCUCAAGUCUCAGAUUAAGACAUUAACAAAUGAUCUCGCCGUGGCUCGCGAAUCAACAGAGGGCAUGGUUCAUAGCUUGGAGUCUGCUACCCGCGAGCUUAGCGGCCUGCGUGAGCACAAAGAUCUACAGGAAGCUAAGCUUGUGAGCCAGGAGUCAUCCUUCAAGGAACAAAUCGCGGCCUUGGAAUCAAAAUUGGCAUCAGCUUCAUCAGAGCUAGAUAACUCUACUGCGGAGAUUGGCAAACUGAGGUCUCAGAUCAAAGAGACGGAAGAAGAAAUGAGCCGGAUAAAGGCAGAUCUGAAUGCUCAAGAGCAGAGCAAGGCAAACGAUAAAGACGCUAGCAAACGGCUAGAAAUACUGCAAGGAGUUGUAACAAAUCUGAAGUCGCAACUCAAAGAAGCCGAAGACACAAUGUCAUCCUUGAAGGUAGAGUUGUCUGCUAAAACAGCCGAAACAGACUCUCUCAGUGCUGUUGUUAGCUUCAUUGACAAGGGUUUGGAUGAUAAUGAGAUGUGGAAAUCUGCCAGGGAUCGAAUUUCCCAUGGUGAGUACGUUGAUUUCGCAGAAAUUAAGAGAAGCAUUAAAGGGACAGACCCUUCGAAGCCCACUGAGGACGUCAAUAUUCCCGCUGCUACUAAUGCUACCCCUGCUGCUGCGACUUCAGGGUCCAAAAAGAAAAAUAAGAAAAAGAAGAAAGGGACAAAGCAAGAGUCUGACGAGAUUGUUGAAGUGUCAAAUGCCAAUAUACCUCCGCAAAAUUCUGGCACCAUCAGUGAUCUUGAGCUUAAAAUUCAAAAACUAGAAACAGAGAUCGCGGAGAAGGAUGCUGCAAUCGAUCGUCUCUGCUUGAAACUUAAGGGAGAGGAGAAUCUACGCGAGGAGAUAGAGACCCUGCAAGAUGAAGUGGUAAGCCUUGGACAGGACCACGUUGAGGCAAAAGAUAAGGUCAAGGAGUUGCUUGCAGAGAAAUCUGCUCUUGAGAAGCGUGCUGCAGAAUUCGAAAAAGAGAUAUCUAGUCUACGGUUGAGCUCUACACAAUCAUCAGAUGCUGAGAAGGCUCAUAAAGGUUUGUCGGUGGAGUUUGAGGACCUGAAGUCAAAAGCAUUGAUUCUGGAGACGGACCUGAACGCUGCUCAACAGCUGGCGGCUUCUAGGUUUAAAGAUCUCUCCGAUCUUCGAGACACUCUGCAGAAACUACAGCCUGAGCUACGCUCCCUGAGAGCAGAGUCAGCAGAGCUUAAGAAAGCAAAAGAAGAACUGAAGACAAAGACAUCACAGGUGUCAGACCUGGAGCAUAAACACGAUGAUCUACGUUCAGAAAUUAAGAGCCUACAAUCCUCGAUUGAAGAGAAGGAUUCUGAGGUGAAAACACUGCGCCAAAAGAUCAGCCAGGAGACUAAUGGAAGACUGAAAGCAGAGCAGGCCCUCGAGGUAGCGCAAGGCGAUUUGCGUUACUCUGAAGGGAAAAAGCAAGAGGCGAUUGAGGCUAACGAGAAGACUCUACGUGACCUUACAAAGACUGAAGAGGAACUUCGAGCAUCACAGUCUAGGCUUCGUGAUGUUGAGGAACAAGUAUCCCAGCUUAAUAGAGAUAUUGAACAGUUACGUGAUGACAUCAAGCUGAAGACAGCCCAGUACUCCAGCGCUCAAAGUCUGAUGAGCAGCAUGCGAGACCAGGCAUCAGAAAUGGCAAUGCAGGUAAAGGAAACAACUGAAAGAUGCGAAAGUCUAGAAGAAGAGGUUGCGGAUGCUCAUCGCCUUCUAUCUGAGCGGUCUCGUGAAGGAGAAACGAUGAGGAGGAUGCUCUCAGAUAUCGAGAUGAAGGCAGACAUAAAAGUGCGGGAACACAAAGAGAGACUCGAAGCCGUCAUUGAAGAACGGGACCGAGCCGAAGACGAGGCAAACUCGGUAAACCGAAGAAGAGCCCGAGAGAUUGAGGAGUUAAGGACGAAGGCAAGGGAUGCGGAGAAAGCCCUGAGAAGGAUAGAAGAAGACAAAGACGAGGUAGAGCAUGCACAAAGGGAGUGGAAACGGCGACGAGGCGAGCUGGAAUCACAGCUGGAACGCUCUAACCAAGAGCUCGCCGAGGUUAAAGAAGCCAUGUCACACUUGCGGGAUGCGCUCGAUGAAAGCGAGCGCCAUGCAAGGGACCUAGAAAAGGAGAAGGCUGCCCUCCGCCGGUCUAUUGAGGAAACCAACCAGCGCCUCGAGAAGCUCAAGCGGACCAACAAGUCCCUCGCUAGCGAUUUGAAAGCUUCCCAGCUACCGAACAAGCGCGGGAUUGACUCUGGGAACAGAUCGCCGCGCUCCUCUCUUGAAUCGGCGAGGCAGCGCGGUGUUACUUCUCCGCCCCCAGGCACAGGCAGCGGUCGAAACGGCUCGAUCACCCGGAACGAUACACCUACUCCGAUUGACUACGUUUACCUUAAAAACGUAUUGCUACAGUUCUUGGAGCAAAAAGACCGAAACCACCAGAAGCAAUUGAUCCCAGUUCUUGGGAUGCUGCUGCAUUUUGAUCCGUAA